AGUUUGUGUUUGGAAACUGUCCAUUUAUUACAUAUAGUUUUUAUUUUUACAUUGCUAUUAGUCUAUCAUUUCUAUAUAUGACAUUAUAUUUAUGGAUUCUACUUGUAACCUCUGAACUGUUUUCACUUUUUCUCAUUACCAACAGAGAGAUGAAGAGGAUUAAGAAGUUCCUCACAAAAGUCUUAUGUAGGAGAAUUUCUCUACAGCAGGGUUUCUCCGCCUCAGCACUACUGAGAUUUUAAGGCUGGAUAAUUCUUGGUUGUGAGGAGAUAUCUUAUGCAUUUUAGAAUGUUUGGCAGUAUCCCUGGCCUCUACUCACUAGACACCAAUAGUACCUUUCCAAUUGUGACAACCAAAAAUGUCUCCUGCCAAAAGUCCCCUGUGCAGCAAAAUCACAGCUGGUUGAGAACAACUACAUUACUUGUGUGUACGCAGAAGUGGAACUGCUGGUUCAAGUUAAAGUCUUAAGAUAUUCUUACUGGUACAGUUUUAGGCAGGAUUUUUUUUUUUUCACUGUAGCUCCUGGUGUGAGGGAUCUUGGCCUAGACUACCACUGGUUCUAUAGUACCAGGGGACACUAGAGAGAACAUUGAGAUUUCAGUUUGAGAGUGGGCUGGAGACUGCUGUAUGGAUGCCUGUAUUCUCAACUUCCCAACCACACUAGACCUCUUUCCCUGAACAGAUUUUCUGAACUUGGGCAUUUGUCUUCUAUUAUUAUUAUUAUUAUUAUCAUCAUCAUCAUUAUUUGAGGCAGGGUUUUGCUCUCACCCAGGCUGGAGUGCAGUGGCACGAUCACAGCUCACUGCAGCCUUGACCUCUUGGGCUUAAACAAUCCUUCCACCUCAGUCUAUUGAGUAGCUGGGACCACAGGCUUGUGCCACUCACUAUGCCUGGCUAAUUUUUAAAAACUUUUUGGCCAGGUAUGGUGGUUCACGCCUGUAAUCCCAGCACUUUGGGAGGCCGAGGCAGGUGGAUCAUGAGGUCAGGAGUUCGAGACUAGCCUGGACAGCAUGGUGAAACCCCAUCUCUACUAAAAAAAAAAUACAAAAAUUGGCCAGGUAUGGUGGGGUGUGCCUGUGGUUCCAGCUACUCGGGAGGCUGAGGCAGAAUUGCUUGAACCCGGGAGGUGCAGGUUGCAUUGAGCUGAGGUCACGCCACUGCACUCUAGCCUGGGUGACAGAGCGAGACUCUGUCUCAAGAAAAGAAAAAAAAUUUUUUUUCUUUUGAAAUGGUAUUUUUGAGUCGCCCAGGCUGGAGUGCAGUGGUACAAUCACAGCUCACUGCAGUCCCGACCUCUUGGGCUUAAACAAUCCUCCCAACUUAGCCUCCCAAGUAGCUGGGACCACAGGCACGUGCCACCAUGCAUGGCUAAUUUAAGAAAAAGCUUUUGUAAAGGCCGGGUCUACCUAUAUUGCCCAGGCUGGUCUCCAACUCUGAGGCUCAAGCAGUCAUCCUGGUUCAGCCUCCGAAAGUGCUGGGAUUACACACAUGAACCACUGCACCCAGCCUUAAAAUUUUUUUGUAGAGAUGAGGUCUUGCUAUGUUGCCCUGGCUGGUCUCAAACCCCUAAGCGCAAGAGAUCCUCUUACCUCAGCCUCCCAAAGUGCUGGAAUUAUAGGGAUGAACCAUGGUAUCUGGCUGUGCAACUGUCUUUUAAGGUGGAGUAGAUGAAGGAGAGAGAGAGCAUGGGGGUUUUAUUACUUUUUAAAUUUUUGGUUUGAGAGAGGGUCUCACUCUGUCACCCAGGCUGGAGUGCAAUGGCGUGAUCUCGGCUCACUGCAAUGUCCGCAUCCUGGGCUCAAAUGAUCCUCUUACCUAAGCCUCUCAAGUAGCUGGGACUACAGGCAUGCACCACCAUGCCUGCCUAAUUUUUGUAUGUUUUUGUAAAAACUGGGUUUCGACAUGUUGCCCUGGCUGGUCUCGAACUCCUGGACUCAAGUGAUCCACCCUCCUCAGCCUCCCAAAGCGCUGAGAUUAUAGGUGUAAGCCAGUGUGCCUGGCCUUAAUGUUCUGAUAUAACGCUUAGAAUGUAGGGUGCCCUCAAUAAAUAUUUUUUGAGUUAAUCUUGGGAAGAAUGAAGAUGAGGUUUAAGGGGAAAGGCAGCUGAGCUCUCUCAUUCCUCUGCCUUUGAAUUAAAUUACUGAAUUCAACAUUACUGUGAGGAGGUGGAAAAGGGCUAGGAACAUUGUGAAAUGAGUCCAAAGUUUGAAAUGUCUCUCUAACCUUCUCUUCUGGUAGGACUCAAGAGUAGCCUUCCUCGAGGACCUGCCUUUCCCAUUUGCUGCCUGAAGUUAAUGUUUCUUGCUGGCCAAAUCAGGGACAUGCCGGCAUUAGCGGGAUGAGUGGGUGUUCCGGCAGGGAUGUGGUCAUUGACGGCCAGUGAGGGCGAGAGUACCACGGCCCACUUCUUCCUUGGAGCUGGAGAUGAGGGGCUGGGCACCCGUGGAAUAGGCAUGAGGCCAGAAGAGAGUGACAGCGAGCUCCUUGAGGACGAGGAGGAUGAAGUGCCUCCGGAACCUCAGAUCAUUGUUGGCAUCUGUGCCAUGACCAAGAAAUCCAAGUCCAAGCCAAUGACUCAAAUCCUAGAGCGACUCUGCAGAUUUGACUACCUGACUGUUAUCAUUCUGGGAGAAGAUGUAAUCCUUAAUGAACCUGUGGAAAACUGGCCAUCCUGCCACUGCCUCAUCUCUUUCCACUCCAAAGGCUUUCCUCUGGACAAAGCUGUUGCUUACUCCAAGCUUCGAAACCCCUUUCUUAUCAAUGAUCUGGCCAUGCAGUAUUACAUCCAAGAUAGGAGGGAGGUGUACCGGAUCCUGCAGGAAGAGGGUAUUGAUCUGCCUCGAUAUGCUGUGCUCAACCGUGAUCCUGCCCGGCCUGAGGAAUGCAACCUGAUAGAAGGUGAAGACCAAGUAGAGGUCAAUGGAGCUGUCUUUCCCAAGCCCUUUGUGGAGAAGCCAGUGAGUGCAGAAGACCACAAUGUUUACAUCUACUACCCCAGCUCAGCUGGAGGAGGAAGCCAGCGUCUCUUUCGUAAGAUUGGCAGCCGAAGCAGUGUUUACUCUCCUGAGAGCAGCGUCCGAAAGACAGGGUCGUACAUCUAUGAGGAGUUUAUGCCAACAGAUGGCACAGAUGUCAAGGUGUAUACAGUGGGGCCAGAUUAUGCCCAUGCUGAAGCUAGAAAAUCUCCAGCUUUGGAUGGGAAGGUUGAACGAGACAGUGAGGGGAAAGAGAUUCGAUAUCCAGUCAUGCUGACUGCCAUGGAAAAGCUGGUGGCCAGGAAAGUCUGCGUAGCUUUCAAGCAAACAGUUUGUGGAUUUGACCUUCUUCGUGCCAAUGGUCAUUCCUUUGUGUGUGAUGUGAAUGGCUUUAGUUUUGUCAAGAACUCGAUGAAAUACUACGAUGACUGUGCCAAGAUUCUGGGGAACACCAUAAUGCGGGAGCUUGCCCCACAGUUCCAGAUUCCAUGGUCCAUCCCCACGGAGGCUGAGGACAUUCCCAUUGUUCCCACCACAUCUGGCACUAUGAUGGAACUUCGUUGUGUCAUUGCAAUUAUUCGUCAUGGGGAUCGUACUCCCAAGCAGAAGAUGAAGAUGGAAGUGAAACACCCAAGGUUUUUUGCUCUGUUUGAAAAACAUGGUGGCUACAAGACAGGGAAAUUAAAACUCAAGCGACCUGAGCAGCUCCAGGAGGUGCUGGAUAUCACAAGGCUGUUGUUGGCUGAACUGGAGAAAGAACCAGGUGGUGAGAUCGAGGAGAAGACUGGAAAACUAGAGCAGCUGAAGUCUGUAUUGGAGAUGUAUGGUCACUUCUCAGGUAUAAACCGGAAGGUACAAUUGACUUACUACCCUCAUGGAGUAAAAGCUUCUAAUGAGGGGCAAGAUCCACAGAGGGAAACUCUGGCGCCAUCUCUGUUGCUGGUACUGAAGUGGGGUGGAGAACUGACUCCUGCUGGCCGUGUUCAGGCUGAGGAGCUGGGGCGAGCUUUUCGCUGCAUGUACCCUGGAGGACAGGGUGACUAUGCUGGCUUCCCUGGUUGUGGGCUGCUUCGUCUCCAUAGCACUUUCCGCCACGAUCUCAAGAUCUAUGCCUCUGAUGAGGGUCGUGUUCAGAUGACUGCUGCUGCCUUCGCCAAGGGCCUUCUGGCUCUAGAAGGGGAGCUGACACCCAUUUUGGUGCAAAUGGUGAAGAGUGCCAACAUGAAUGGGCUACUGGACAGCGAUGGGGAUUCCUUGAGCAGCUGCCAGCACCGGGUGAAGGCUCGGCUGCACCAUAUUCUACAGCAGGAUGCGCCCUUUGGCCCUGAGGAGUACGAUCAGCUGGCUCCCACCAGAAGUACUUCCCUGCUCAACUCCAUGACUAUCAUCCAGAAUCCUGUGAAGGUCUGUGAUCAGGUAUUUGCCCUGAUCGAAAACCUCACCCACCAGAUCCGGGAACGAAUGCAGGACCCCAGGUCUGUAGACCUGCAGCUCUACCACAGUGAGACACUAGAGCUAAUGCUACAGCGUUGGAGCAAGCUGGAGCGUGACUUUCGACAGAAGAGUGGGCGCUAUGAUAUCAGUAAGAUCCCUGACAUCUAUGACUGUGUCAAGUAUGAUGUGCAGCACAAUGGGAGUCUGGGACUUCAAGGCACAGCAGAGUUGCUCCGUCUCUCUAAGGCACUGGCUGAUGUGGUCAUUCCCCAGGAGUACGGGAUCAGUCGGGAGAAGAAACUGGAAAUUGCUGUGGGCUUCUGUCUUCCACUGUUGCGGAAGAUACUACUUGACCUGCAGAGAACCCACGAGGAUGAGUACUCCCGAGGUGUGCUCUCCCCAGGUCGCCAUGUUCGAACGCGUCUCUAUUUCACCAGUGAGAGCCAUGUCCACUCCCUGCUCAGUGUCUUCCGUUAUGGAGGACUUCUUGAUGAGACCCAGGAUGCACAAUGGCAGCGAGCUUUGGAUUAUCUUAGUGCCAUCUCAGAGCUUAACUACAUGACCCAGAUUGUCAUCAUGCUUUAUGAGGACAACACACAGGAUCCCUUAUCAGAGGAACGGUUCCAUGUGGAGCUACACUUCAGCCCCGGAGUGAAAGGUGUUGAGGAAGAAGGCAGUGCCCCAGCUGGCUGUGGAUUCCGUCCAGCCUCUUCUGAGAACGAGGAGAUGAAAACCAACCAAGGCAGUAUGGAGAACCUGUGUCCAGGAAAGGCAUCAGAUGAACCAGACCGGGCAUUGCAGACUUCACCCCAGCCUCCUGAGGGCCCUGGCCUCCCGAGGAGAUCACCCCUCAUUCGUAACCGAAAAGCUGGUUCCAUGGAGGUACUUUCUGAGACUUCAUCCUCGAGGCCUGGUGGCUACCGGCUCUUUUCAUCUUCACGGCCACCCACAGAAAUGAAGCAGAGUGGCCUAGGCUCACAGUGCACAGGGCUGUUCAGCACCACAGUGCUGGGUGGCUCCUCCAGUGCCCCGAAUCUUCAGGACUACGCCCGCAGCCAUGGCAAAAAGCUACCACCUGCCAGUCUGAAGCACCGAGAUGAGCUCUUGUUUGUCCCGGCCGUAAAACGAUUUUCUGUGUCGUUUGCAAAGCAUCCGACUAACGGUACGUUUGCUUCUGACUCAAUGUCAUUCCUCCUCACCAUGUCACCUCUAGACACUUAACUCUGAGUUUCGACACUGACUUUGCCUCUCCUUCCACUGUGUUGACACCCUGCUGUCUCUGACUGAGCCACUCACUAAGUGUCCCUCCUGGGAUGGUUUCCUUGUGACAGCCUUAGUCUUGGCUGCAGCCUGGCUGCCCCAUCCCUGUGGCAACUCAGGGUCUUACUUCCAUAAUCACGAUCAUCACCAUUAUGUCACUUUUGUCAGCAUCACCACCAAAACACUGAUUAAACCUCUCCCUUUCCUAUCACAUGACUGCCAGGCUGUGUACAGAUAUGAUGGUUCCCCUUCUUAGGAUGGGAAUAGUGUUUCCUAGAUUGAUUCCAUUUCUUCUCUUCCCCCAUACCCCCAAUUCCUCAGCUGAUAUAACUUUGAUCUUUCUGUGUUUUCUCCAACUCUUUUGUUGGGGUGGAUGUGGCUGACUAGUUUGUUCCUCUUUCGGAGCAAUGCUGCAGUUCCCAGCUCCUAAGCCUACUUAUAUGGGUGUUAGUCUUGAGUAUAUAGUUUCCCAUCUCCAUAUUUCUUUCUCCUGCCAUUAUGUGUAUUUUGUGUGGCUCUUGUGCUCCUGACAUUUGCUUUAUGUUACUACUAACCUAUUGCCUGGGCCUAGAAAACAAGAGCCCAGGUUGCUUUGGGAUAAAAAUAAAAAGAAAGGAGUAGGAGGUAGUAGGUAAAAGGAAAAGGACUGUACCUUGAGUUUUUAAGUGUAGUUUCCAUGUGGCACCAGCCUACCUGUGGUAAAGCUAUUGCAGAGAAGUUUGAAGAGUGGAGAUGUCUGCUGGGGAUUCUGGGGGAGCUUAGGAAGGAAUAAUAUUUUAAGAACAUUGAAGAACUGGGUCUGC